AUGGAUCUCAGAGCAAUGUCUUCUCUCAUCCUGCUGCUGCUUUUGGGCCUCUGUUGUGCUCACCAGAGCAAUAAAAAUAAUUGUAUGACUUCUGUUUUGCUUUCUUUAGAGAACGUAGCGGAGGACCUGGCGGAAACUAUUUUGAGGAUGAACAAUGGAUCUACGGAUUUUCUGCUGGAAGGAGACGUGUUGAUUCCAAGAACCAGGAAUGCUAUGAGGUGCUUUAAUAAAGCAUAUAGCUGUCUGUGGCAGAAGUCUGCUAACGGGAACGUGGAAAUCCCUUUCCGCAUAAGCCAGAAAUAUGACUACGCCGAGAGGAAUAAGAUUAUGAGCGCCAUGAAGGACUUUGAAGUCAAAACCUGCAUUCGCUUCAUUCCACGUGCAUUUCAGAGGGCGUACUUGAGCAUCGAACCCAAAUACGGCUGUUUCUCUUUACUGGGCCGUAUUGGAGACAAGCAGGUUCUGUCCCUGCAGAAGUUCGGCUGCAUAGAUCGCGGUAUCAUCCAGCACGAACUGCUGCACUCGAUGGGUUUCUACCACGAACACACUCGCAGCGAUCGGGACCAGUAUGUCAAAAUCAACUGGAACAACAUCCACAAAUAUUAUGUCAACAACUUCCAAAAGCAUGACACAAAUAAUCUCAACACUCCGUAUGAUUACACCUCCGUGAUGCACUAUGGAAGAACUGCCUUUGGAAAGUUCAGAUCAGAGUCCAUAACUCCCUUCCCCGACUCCUCUGUUGCCAUCGGGCAGAGAGACGGUCUGUCUGACAUCGACAUCCUGAGGAUCAACAGGCUCUACAAGUGCUGGAGUUACCUCUGA